CAUAACAUAGACAGGAAGCUACUUGAAGUAAUUUUCCUACAUUUAUGAUGAUUAUGCAGCCUGUUGGAAGAUCACAGAUGCUGCUAUAGAUCUGCAUGCUGUAGCUAAAUGAUGCAAGAGCCGGUUUGUGAUUAUCCUCUGAAACAGGAUAAAGAAACCUACACAGCAGAACUUCUUCUCAAUAAGGAGAUUGAACUACACAUAGAAAAUGUGGAUUUGUCAGAAAACAGUGACUCAGAAAAUGACAUCUUCAUACCCUGGGAAACGGAGGUGGUAUCAAUUUGCACAGAGAGAAAGAGGCCUCCAACUGACUCUGUCCAAAGAAGAGGUUUCGGCGAGUCUUCAUUUCUACUGAAAUUUCCAUUUAAAGAGUAUGACGGAUGCUACAGUGCACCUUUCCAGUUUGACAGACAUGCUUUGGGAAGGAUUUCCACCUCCCCAACUCUCAGAAGACUAAGAAAUAGUGUGUCCUCUGCCUCCCAAGUGCAGUCGCUCCAGGAGUGCUUUGAUGAUGCUAAGCUGGGAUGCCAGAAAGAGCACAGUGGUUCUUUUCAUGUUUGUAAAAACCCACCUCAGUGUAUUAAGUCUGCCUCCUCCUCAUUGUCACUAGCCUCCUGCCUUCAUGCAAAACUACUGUCCUCCAAAGAAAAUGUCGAAACUCCAUUAGCUGUUUUAGAGUCAGCUGGCCCAAAAUCACACCUGCCCCAUCACAAAGAUAAUCUCAGCAAUGGUGGUUCUGACCAAACACUGAAGAACCGUGGGAAGAUCUGCUCUGCUACCCUGCCUGGAGAUGAACAAACAUCUCAGCCAAGCACUCCUCAUCAGGAAUAUGUUCAGGAAAGGGAACUACUUACAUCAAGAUCAGCAGAACGCAGGCGCAGCUCCAUCGUAGUAAGUCUGCCAGGACUUGAAGUGUUCCCUGGAGACCUCCUGGUAUCAGACACUGCUGUUGACUACCUGCACCACUCAGCAUUGCUGCCAAAUGCAGAGUCCAAAAAGUCAAGGUGGCCAUUCAUCAAGAAAGGAGCUAGUAAAGACAAAAAGCAAAUGUCUGACCUGGAAAACUGUCUUUCAACCAUUAAAAUUACAGACUGCAGUGGUUAUGAGUUUUGCAGCUUUAAGAAUAAAACUUGGCAUGAAUUUGUAGAGAAUCAAUGGACUGAACAGAAAGACACUGAUGAUUGUUUAGAACUGAAGAAAGAAGCGGCUGUGUGGGAACUCUUUACAAGCGAAUGCACUUACUUUUUGGACCAUUUGCUGGUUCUCAAGAUGAUAUUUAUGAAUUCUUUGAAACACCUGCAAAGCAAUGAGUUCUUCUUGGAUGUGGAUUUGCGGAGACUUUUUGCAAAUCUGGAGGAGUUAAGCCAGGUGAGUCUCAGUUUUGUGACAAGUUUUUUCCAAAUCAUUAAGGAUUAUAUCAACAAAUCUGAAUCCUCCCUGGAUUUCAUCUCCAUGCUCACAAAGUAUUUCCAUGGCAACCUCUGUCAAACCCACCAGAUUUAUUGCCUUAAUUACACCUCAGCUGUCUUUUACUUGGAGAACCUGAGACAGAGAGAAGAUUUUGGAAUCUACCUGAAAUGGUGUGAACAACAUGAACAAUGCAAACGGCUACAUCUGACAGAACUGCUAGUUGCUCCUUUACAUCGACUGACCCGAUAUCCCCUCCUCCUCAACAACAUCUGGAAAAGAAGUAAUGACUCAACAGAGAAAGCCACCAUCUGUUCUAUUAAAGAAAAGGUGGAAAAGUCCAUACGGGAUCUUGAAGGUAAAGUAAAGUGGUUGGACAAUUUUCAGAAAUGCAGACAGCUGCAGGAGGUCAUCAUUUGGCCUCAACUUUGGGAUCGUGACAAAAGGUUCUUUGUUCCAGAGUGUUUGAAACAUAUUUUGAGAGAUAACCUGAGUGAAAACAUCCUGUCUUCCACAAACAGGCAUCUUCUUCACGAAGGGAAGUUAGCUCUAGCAGAAAGUACAAGAUUCCUUGAUGUCUACCUCUUCCUUUUCGAUGACUUCCUGUUAAUUACCAAAAUGAAACGUAACAAAAAGAAAUAUGGGGGUUCAGAUACAGGUCUGAUACCUGUCUGCCCUUCCCUUACACUGGAGUUGCAAUUAUUCAUAAAAGAAGGUGGCUUCUUCAUUGUCCUAGAUCAGCCCAUUCCACUAGACAGAUUGGUUCUAAAGAAUAUUGACCCUUUCCAUGUAACAGUCUUUGGCCUGCGGCAUGCUUUUUUAAUACAGCAUGAAAAUAGAUACCAACAAUGUAUAGCAGUCUUUUUACUACAAGCACAGACAGAGACUCUCAAGAAAACAUGGAUGUCACAGAUAAAAACUGCAGUCUCCAAUUAUGCCAAGACGCAUGAAACUAAGAAAAGCUCCAUUUUUUCUUUGGCAGCUGAAUCCUCUGAAAUUUAAAUUGGACAAAUCCUAAAUUGACAGAUCCAGUUUGAGAAAAUUAAACUGGUGGGAACAAAGUUAUUUCUUUUCAUUUUAGUUUAUUAAAAAAUGGGCAUGAACUUGACUAGUUGGGGCUCAGGGUGGGGACUUUUGGCCACAGGAGAAAGGAAUGAAACAAAAAUUAAAGAAAGGCAAUACCAGAAAAAGCUCAAGGGCACUUCCAGCUCUGAGGAAACUUCUGGGCUAGGGACAGCAGUUAUACUUAAACCAGGUUAAGUGAUCAGAAACUGGU